AACCCAGGGGUAGCACCCAGUGAACAUCCCCCUUUCGUUCUCCCUUAGCCUCUCUCUCUCAGACACAUCCAUACUUACUGGUGCUGAUCCAUACAGCUGGUGGGAUGCUGACCUUUCUGAGGGGAGCUGUGCAGCCGGUGACUGUCAGCAGGGCAAGGGAUAUUGUCCAGAAACGCAACUCCAGCAUCUACAGCAAACCACCCAAAAACAAGAUCGGACCUGGGCAAAGUUUCUUCAUCAUGUCUGUGUUUGCCGUUGCUCUCCUGGCCCCCGCCGGGUGGAUUCUGCACCACAUCCCAGAAUAUCGUCAGAGAGCAAAACCACCACCAUCCUGAAGAACGCACACCUUCGUCACGGUCAACUUACUGGGUGUCGAGUACCACUGACAGACCUGGCUGCCUCUAAAGCAUUAUUCACCUCCAGUGAACAAUUUAGAUCUUUAAAACACAACAUCAUGAGCAACAUCACAAGU